UUUGAAUUUAUACUUCGCGUUUCGAGCAGAAAGUUGAGUUCUUUGUUGAGCGACCUUGCGUUAAAACGAAGUAGUGAACUCGCACUUGGAGAAGAAGUAGACGAGUUCAUAUCAUUCCGUCCCAGAAAUUUGUGCAUGAUAAAUCCAAUACUCUCCCAAAAUGACUGACAAGAUUCCCUUGGGAAGAGGCCGUGGCUCUUUGCUAGAUAUCAUGAGACAAAGAGAACAAGAAAGAAGGAGGAGAGAAUAUUCUGUGGAAACACCUAGUCAGUCAUCAUCAGAUCCAACGAAAUCAUUUGAGGGACAUUCAUUUCAGUCAUCGAUGGAUCAAACAAGAUUAUUUGAGGAACAUUUACAAAGUUCAUUUGAAACUCAAAUUUCAGCUACAGUCAAAGGCCGUGGACGUGCUAAUCUAGCUAGUUUGAUGAAACUGCGUAACAGUGAUAAUGUAUUAGAAUCUCAACAAAUAAAAACAGUUGGACAGAGUAGGUCAACAGGCAGAGGGACUCUUCUUGAUUUGUUACCAAAACAAAUUGAAACAAGUACCUCCACUUCAAGCUCAGCACAUACUAGUGCGUUUGUUGAAAAGGACUUCGAUGGAGUUUUAGGUGCAUUGGAUGAUCUUACAGUAUAUGAUAAUCCGCCUUCACCUGUACAAGAUGUCGAAGAAAGUGCCACACCAAUAUGUCGACAAGGCAUAAGUGGAAAGACAAUAAAGUUAUCCGCCAAUUAUAUAGACGUCGAGUUAGAACCUGGCAGGGGUUUAUUCCAGUAUGAAGUGAAAUAUUCGCCAGAUAUAGAUGCGAGAGGAUUACGGCGCAGUCUGCUCAAUCAACACGCUUCUCAGUUAGGACGAGAAAAAACAUUCGACGGUGCAAUACUUUUCUUGCCAAUGCAACUGCCAGAGAAAAUUACAAAAUUGUGUUCCGUUCAUCCGGUAGAUGGAUCAAAUGUGACUCUCACGGUUAUUUAUAAGAAAAAACAGUCGAUGAGUGAAAACGUUCAAUUCUUUAACAUUCUAUUCGGUCGUAUCAUGCGCGCGCUCAGCCUGGUUCGCAUAGGCCGACAAAAUUUCAAUCCAAAAACUCCACAUUUCAUAGAUGAACAUCAGUUGGAAGUGUGGCCUGGUUACGUGACCGCCAUAAACGAAUACGAAGGUGGCUUAAAGUUGUGUUUAGAUAUUAAACACCGCGUCCUGCGUACGCAAACUGUGCGAGAUAUAAUGACUGAUAUGUACCAUAGACAACGAAACAAUUAUCGGGAUUACGUGAUGAAAGAGAUCGUUGGCAUGAGUGUAUUGACGCGAUACAAUAAUAGAACAUAUCGUAUAGACGACAUCGCAUGGGAUAAAACACCGGAAUUUAAGUUCUCUAAAAAUGGAGAAGAGAUAUCUUUGAUAAAUUAUUAUAAGACAUAUUGCGGCAUUGAGAUAAGAGACAUGACACAACCGCUCUUGGUUAACAGGGCCACGGAAAGAACACCGACCGGCGAGAAACAAGAGAAAAUAUUACUUUUGAUACCGGAAUUGAGUUACAUCUCAGGUCUCACAGACAGUAUCCGCUCCAACUACAAGAUAAUGAAAGAUUUGGACAUGCUUACGAAAGUGUCGCCUAGUAGACGCUGCGAUGAGAUCAAGUUAUUUGUGGAAACGAUACAACAAAACGAAGUAACACGGCAAAUGUUGGCAGGGUGGGGUUUGCGUUUGAAUAAGGAUGUAGUCCAAUUUAGCGCAAGAAGUGUCGAACCGGAAAAAAUAUAUUUUGGUAAUAAUAAAUAUUACGAAUACACGGAUAAACCUGAAUGGAUGGGCGCUGCAGCACGAAAUCCUGUGUUACGCACACCACACUUGAACAGAUGGUAUAUCUUAUACAUCAAUAAAGAUGAAAAUAUCGUGAGAGAUUUUCUAAGUAUGCUGCAGAAUAUAACGAAAGCAAUUGGUAUGAGAAUAAACAAUCCGCAAAAGAUCAUUUUAAGGGACGAAAAAAAUGAAAGCUAUCUCCGAGAAAUUCGGGGAAACUUCAAUAAAGAUUACGAAUUGGUGGUCGCAGUAUUUCCAACUAACCGUACUGAUCGAUAUAAUUCUUUAAAAAGACUGUGCUGUGUAGAAAAGCCUAUAGCGUCGCAAGUUAUCUUAACUAGAACACUUGUCAAUCCAUCCAAGUUGAAAAAUGUCACAGAGAAGAUCGCGCUUCAGAUCAAUUGCAAAUUAGGAGGAGCUCUUUGGACUGUAACCAUGCCAUUGAAAAAUUGUAUGGUGUGUGGUAUAGAUGUGUAUCACGCUGGUAUAGGAAGUGCCUCAAAACGGAGCGUGGCAGGAUUUGUUGCGAGUUUAGAUGCUCAAAUGACUAAAUGGCACAGCAAAGUCUGUAUGCAGGCUUCCAAACAGGAAUUAAUGGACAUGUUACAAAUGUGUCUUAUUUCGGCUAUCAAGGCAUUCCGAAAGCAUAACAAUUGCAAUCCAGAACGUAUAAUUAUAUAUCGCGAUGGAGUUGGCGAUGGUGAUUUGGAUUAUGUCGUAGGAUACGAAGUAAAACAGUUACUGAUGACAUUUAAUCGCAUUGACCCAAAUUAUAAGCCGCAACUCAGCGUGAUUGUCGUCCAAAAACGUAUAAACACGCGAUUGUUCAUGAAAACUGGAAGCCAAUUAAUUAAUCCUCCAGCAGGGACAGUAGUCGACUCCUGCAUUACGAGGCGAAAUUAUUAUGACUUUUUCCUCGUGCCGCAAAAUGUACGACAGGGUUCAGUAUCACCUAUCCAUUAUAUCGUUAUUUAUGACAGUUCAACUAUAAAAACCGACCAUAUGCAACGAAUCACGUACAAGCUUUGCCACUUAUAUUACAAUUGGGCCGGUACAAUACGUGUACCCGCUCCCUGUCAAUACGCCCAUAAGUUGGUGUAUCAAGUCGGCCAAAGUCUUCAAGUGGAACCACAUAGUUCCCUUGAAGAUGUUUUGUUCUAUCUAUAAUCUUAUCACCCCGCUUAACAUUACAUACUUUAUUCUUUUUCGCUUUCAUUUCUCCUCCCUCUUUACCCUUCAAGAUAAAGUACAAAUAUUUUUGUACAAGAUGAUGAUUAUUAUUGUACGAUGUGUGCGACGCAAAGGUCGGUCUUGAUCUCAGAGAAAGAAACAAAGAUUCAUCCAAAGAAACAUAGAUCUGAUAAUUAUUAAUUGAUGAAAAAUAUUAUAUAGCGGAAGAUCAUUACCAAGUAUAUUUUGAUAAAUAAUGCACUUGGGAUAUAUUUCCGCUUAGAUGGCUUAAUUUUUUUUACUGUAAAGCCAUUUAGAUUUAUGCAAACAUACAAGAAACAAUAUCUGUAACAGUAUUUAUCUUGUUUAGUAUUCAGUGUGAAUACCAAUGUAAGUUUAAUCUCAAAUGAUGAGUUAUUUGUGUAUUUUAACUACAUUUUUGUUGUAUUGUCUUACAAAGUGGAAUAUAUAAUUUAUUUUUUUUAUGCAGAAAGAACACACAAGUAUGACUGAAAAAGAACUUGUGUUUCCUGUAUUAAGAUACAACACAAAAGUCGUUUUUGUUUUUUUUAUGUUAUGAGAAUUUAUUGUAAAAUUAUCAUUCGAAAAUAGAGAAUGUUAAAAUAAAAGACAAUAUUUGUUGUGUUAAAUAAAACACUAGAAAAAUAUAUCUGGUUUAAUGGAGAUAUUGAAGAAAUUUAUUUUUGGAUUACAAAUAAAGCAAGAUUUCAUAGUGCUCUAAUA